AUGGACACAGAUGCAGUUAUAACAUUUUUCGACACUCAUCCAGUCUCCCGCGAGACGGUUCACGAUCGAUUGCGCGGGACUAUUUUCGGCGGGGCUUUGGGGGAUGCGAUUGGAUUGUAUACUGAGUUUUUAUCGAAGGACCUUGCUCGACAGGCGUAUCCGGAGGGAAAAUUCCAACUCGUCGACCCCGUGACGGAGUUUGAGGCGGACCAACAUCGAUUAAAAUUCGUGCAGACCGGAUGGACCGACGACACGGACCACGCGCUCCUCAUCCUUCUGUCUUAUUUGCACCACAACGGGCGCCUCGAUCCCGUCGAUUUCGCGCAUCGGCUGCAGUUCUGGGUAGAGCAGGGUCUACGUUGUCUCGAUCGGCUUCCGCUCGGGCUAGGGAGAACGGUCGGGCAGGUCGUAUGCGACAAGAACUUCCUCAAGGAUCCAGCGGAGACAGCGUAUAGGAAAUGGGACAAGGCUAAGCGGAAUGCAGCUGCGAAUGGUUCGUUGAUGCGGACGUAUCCGCUGGGAGUGAUGUGCUUCGAUAAGUCGCUGGAGGAGACGUUCCGGAUUGCGAGGGAGUUUUCGCUCGUCACCCAUGCGGAUCCGCGUUGCAUCGUUUCUUGCUGCCUUGUGACUGCCUUGAUUUGGGGAAUUCUCAGAGAAGAAGUGGUCAUCGAAAGACAUAUUGACAAAUUGAUCGAGAAGUCGCUUACCUGGACAGAAUCAUGGAUCAACGAACAGAACAGUCUAGAGAGUUCUGACCGGUACACCCCCAUCGACCGCGAUGAGUUCCGCAAACAUGCUUUCGCACAGUCACUAGAAGAUCUCCAGCUUGACGACGCGAUGAAGAUGGGAUACGUGUACAAGACGCUGGGCUCCUCGAUCCUCCUCCUCCGCCUGGGCAUGCGCCGUUCUAAAUCCAGUAACCCGCCAGGGCUCUUCGAGGACCUGAUAACCGAUCUGAUCAUGCAAGGCGGCGACGCAGAUACCAAUGCCGCCGUUGCCGGAUCGCUCCUGGGAACCUGGGUCGGAUAUAACAGGUUGCCCGCGAAGUGGAGGGACGGGGUGAUGCACGGUGGAUGGCUUCUUGAAAAGUGUGAUGCGCUGGCGUCCACAACGAGAAUCGAUCCGCUGUCUGAACAAUAUAAUGGCAAGGAUGAUCCGGAUACGGGGCUGGAAGGGGGGAAGCCGCGCUUGACACUUCCUGAGUUGCAUCAGCGCGAGAGGGAGUUUAGUGAGCGGUGGUUGAGAGCUUCGAGCGAGGCACUGGAGAAGAGGGCACGGGAGAAGGGGAAGAUUGAUCAGGCGAGGAAGGACCGCCCUGGCUCCAGGCUGCGCAGGUUCCUGUUUGGGAAGUAG